AUGGGCGUUACACUUCUGGACCGUCGUCGGUCUCCACAACGAUCAACUGACAACCUUCAUCAUCGGUGUUAUCAUUACAACAUCAUCCAACUUCUUAUCCUCGAUGCAAGAAGCAAAGAAGCAGAUCAGACAGAUAAGGCGUCGGAGAUGAAUCGUCGUCGUAUGCACCACUUCCGACACUGUGUUUAUUAUGCAGGAAGUGGUUAUCAUGCACUGAGCUUGUUCAAAGCUGACAGGCACCCAAGGGUGGUGAAACGGUAUGGGGUUUUCAAGCCUUUGAGACCUCCAGUUAGGCAACCCAUCCAUGCCGGGCAACAAAGGGACUCUAGAACGUUUGCUGAAGUUGCUAGAGGUAAUCAGAAUCUAGUUGGUGCCACUAAUAAUCCUAUUAUUACUCUAUCUAGUAUUCAUGAGCUGAACGAUUGGGUUGCUAAGGAUGUAUUGGUUGGAGAAGCCAAAUGUUUUGACUCUUUAUGUAAUUUUCCAUCCCUGGUGGCCUUAGAGGGUUACGAUGUGGUGGAGACUAAGUAUCUGGGAGGUAUGCAGAUAUUAAUCAAAUUCAAAUCAGAUGGGGCAGCAAGAAUCUUUAAAUCCAAUAAAAGCAAAUGGCUUCGUUGGUUCAGUUGGGUGGAGCCCUAUGGGAAAAAGUGCGCUCGUUAUGAACGAAUUGCAUGGCUAAAAAUUACCGGAAUCCCUUUUCUGGCUUGGGAUGAAUCUAAUUUCACGGCUAUUGCCGGAAAUUUUGGGAAGGUUCUAGUGAAUGCCAGUCCUGUAUGGAAUUGCUCAGAUGUGUCUCAUGGGAAUGUUUGCAUUCUCACUGCUAUCCAAAUGAGAAUUAAUGAAGUUCUUGAGACAACUGUUUCAGGGUCGGUGUUGGGCUCUAGCGACGAGGAAGAUGAUGGCGAUGGAGUUUCAUAUACAUGGCAUCAAGAUGGAAUGGACUUGGAGGAUGGAGAAAUUGAAAUUGAUCGAAACCUGAAUUGUGACAGAGGCGGGGGUUCACCAAUUGCUCCGGCAGUUCCCAUCGACGGUGGCACAGAUGAGACGAUCCAAUCCACAAACGUGCUGGAAGUCGAUGAGUCUCAGAAAAUAAAGGAGGGUUGCACCAACAGAUUGUCGGCUAUGGUUGAUUCCCAUGCAGGUAUUAAUUACCCACACAAUAAGUCCUCUGAUCUUGGUAUGAAUUUGAACGAAGCAGGUCGUAGGUCGGACGAUCUAGUAAUCGAGGAAGACUCUUAUAUUGGGCCUUGCCAGCCUGAGCCCAAUUCCUUGCCUGGGUCAAACAAGGCGUCUAGUAGCCCAGACUUUGAGUUAGGCGACUCUGCACUUAAGAGAAGGCGUACCAAAUUUAAGAAAGCAAGUAAAAAUCAAGGGGAGAUGCCCCAAUCUUCAAUUCCGUUAGCAGAUCAGCAUAGCUCAGAUAAGUUACUGGAUAAAAAUCCUUUAUCUUCCAUUGAUUUGAAUCGGUGUGACUCACCUUCCCACACAUCUGGUAUCAAUGGUAGAAAUACAGGUUCUCCUUCCCAUUCCUCCUCUUAUUCUACCGGAUUAUUACAUACUGUAGAUGUGGGCAAUCAGGUUGGGUUUCAAGUUGAAAUGGGUAGUCAUGCAUUGUUGGAUGUCGUUAACGGAGGAGGUGUUAAAAGGGUAUCAUCAUGA